CUACGUAUGAAGUACAACAUUUCUUUAAUCAAUAGUCCCUGUCCCUACUUUAUUUAUGGGAGAAAUUGCUAGGAUAUGAGUUGAAUGGGUGAAUUUAACAGUCCUUAUCCCCUGUAUUAACAUUAUUACUAGAGGAAAAAGUUCCACAACAUGCCAUUCAAUAUAAAUUACACUUUUCGAGGACACCCUGCAUUCUCAAUGUAGAGGUGGGAAUUCAUUUCCCAAGAACUGUGCAAUGCGUGCUGUUACUGAUACUGUCAUGGACAGAUGUGUUUGCGGUAUGCAGAUUGGUGAGGAUAAGGUUGGCAGCAAUGUCCUUUAGGACUCGACCAAUUCAAUCAGUGGUGCUACUGCUGAGCUAAUUUUUAUGGACACAGAAAUCCCCCACCCAGGGUACUGAUUCAUCAGCUAAUGGGGCUCUGUACAUGUUAGUCAGCAGAUGAUUUCCUUGCCUACAUUUGACCUGAUGCCAUGAGGCUUCAUGGGGAUCUGGAGUCAAUGUUGAGGACUCCCAGGGCAACUUCCUCCUGACUGUGUAUAACUAUUUUACCACCUUACCUGGGACUGCCCUGCAGGAGGGACAGGACAUAACCGAGGAUGGUGAUGAUGGUGUUUGAGACUUAUAAAUCUGAUUAAGAUUACAAAGUCCUAAAAUCAAGACACAAUGGAAUCUAGGAGUGUGCAGAGCAAGAAUCCAGCUAAUUCUGAAGAGUCGUCAGGUAUGGUGGGCUUAGAUGAACCUAAAAAAAUGACAAGGGAAGACUGGAGGAAGAAGAAAGAAUUAGAAGAGCAGAGAAAGCUUGGAAAUGCACCAGCUGAAGUGGAUGAAGAAGGAAAAGAUAUCAACCCACACAUUCCUCAGUAUAUAUCAUCUGUACCUUGGUACAUCGAUCCUUCCAAAAGACCUACACUCAAGCACCAAAGGCCACAACUUGAAAAGGAGAGAAAAUUCAAUUCAAUUGGAGACUGGUACAAGAAAGGUGUAAAAGAGGGUCCUGCUGUCACCAAGUACAGGAGAGGUGCAUGUGAAAACUGUGGAGCAUUAACACAUGGGAAAAAGGAUUGCAUGGAAAGACCUAGGAAAGUGGGAGCAAAGUUUACAGGUAUCAACAUUGCUCCAGAUGAACAUGUACAACCAACUUUUUCAUUUGACUAUGAUGGAAAACGUGAUCGUUGGAAUGGCUAUGAUUCAGAGGAUCACAUGAGGAUUGUGGAGGAAUAUUCAAAAGUAGAUUUGGCCAAGAGAACCCUGAAAGCUCAGAAACUGCAGGAAGAGCUAGCAUCUGGGAAGUUAGUGGACUAUGUGAACUCUUCAAGACGUCAGCGGGGAGAAGAGGAUCAUGAUUCAGCAGAGAAAGACAACAGUGAAGAUGAAGAUGAAGAUAAGUAUGCAGAUGACAUUGAUAUGCCUGGACAGAACUUUGACUCCAAGAGAAGAAUUACAGUUAGAAAUCUUCGUAUUCGUGAAGACAUUGCAAAAUACCUGAGGAACUUGGAUCCAAAUUCAGCAUAUUAUGAUCCAAAAACGAGAGCGAUGAGAGAGAAUCCCUAUUCCAACACUGGCAGAAACCCAGAUGAAGUUGGCUACGCAGGAGAUAACUUUGUGCGAUACACAGGUGACACCGUUAAAAUGGCACAGACACAAUUGUUUGCCUGGGAGGCUUAUGAGAAAGGUUCAGAGGUUCAUCUCCAAGCUGAUCCUACGAAACUUGAAGUCCUUCACCAGUCGUUCAAGGUUAAGAAAGAAGAGUUUGAGAAACAACAGAAAGGAAGCAUAUUAGAGAAGUAUGGAGGUCAGGAGCACCUAAAUGUUCCACCACGUGAACUGCUGCUAGCUCAAACAGAGGAUUAUGUGGAAUAUUCAAGACAUGGUGCUGUCUUAAAAGGCCAAGAGAAAGCAGUUGUACGUUCUAAGUAUGAAGAGGAUGUCCUGAUUGGUAACCACACAUCUGUUUGGGGCUCCUACUGGAAGGAAGGGAAAUGGGGGUACAAGUGUUGUCACUCAUUUAUCAAAACAUCCUAUUGUACAGGAGAAACAGGAAAACAGAUUGCUGUGGAGGAUAAAUCUGAAUUUCCAAGUGAGAUCCCCAGUUCUAACCAGGAAGCAUGUGAAAACAUACCAAAAACUUUAGUGGAGAUUCAUAAAGAAAAACUUAAAGAAAGCAAUAAGAAAAAGAAGAAACAUAGAAAAAAUCAUGGUUCAGACAGUGAAGAUGAAGAAGCAAAGAAGCAAGAAAAACUGAAAAAGGCCCUGGUUGCUGAAGAAGCUCGUUUGAAGCAAGUUGAACAAAUUUUGCAAAUUGAUGAACGUAAGCGAGGUUACAACAGCAUACAUGAAAUAAAAGAACCUACAGAAGAAGAAAUGGAGGCAUACAGAAUGAAACGUCAAAGACCUGAAGAUCCAAUGGCUUCUUUCCUUGGAAAGUAAUGUAUGACUUCUGUCAAGGUUAAAUAAUUGAACGUUCCCAGAAUCUAUGAACACCAGUGCUACAGAGGUUUGAUUUGUCAGAUCUGCUCACAAGCUGAAAAUAAAAUUCCAUUUUUGUUUAACAUA